AUGAUCAAAAUGUGUUUAGCUUCUUGCUCUUAGUUUAAUGAAGACUUACUGAUCAACAGCUCAAAUCCUAUGGAAAUAAUCAAUUACACUUAUGAAUCAAGCCCAAUUCAAUUUGAAUUUUGGAGUUUCUAUAUUGCAUCUUAUCAAGUAACCAGCUACCCUUGGAUUGAAUAAGAGCCAGAUAGAGGGUAAAAAAAAACACAAUUACUUUUUGUUAUUAAAAAUUUAGAUGAUAAUCAAGUAUUGUCAUUUAUUUAUUUAAAUUUACUUACAAAUACCUAAGUAAUUCAUAGUCUUUAUUUUGAUGGUAAUAUGAAUGAUUUAUUAUUUAAUCCGAGUGAUUAUGAAGGGGUUUGGAUAUUGAAUGUGAUAACUAUUAACGAUUUAAUGAUUUAAUACGAAACAAAAGAUAAUUAAAUUUAAAAUUAAAAUUAAUUUUAAUUUAUUUUUAAAAAUAAAAUAAAUAAUAUUUAAUUAGUCGUUGGAGGAUCAGGAAUUGUAAUUAUAUUAAUCAUAUUUUAGAUUAAUAACAAAUAUCAAUUAGGGAUCUUUAGAGGAAGACUUUCAAAGUUAUUCAUUCAUAAUGACUUAAGGGAUAGUUACUUAAUAUAUUUGAACAGAAUUAAAGAAUUAAGAAUAAAAGAGUUUGAAUUAACGAUAGAGUUGAUUCCAAAUUUAGUCAAUUUUGAUGGAAAGUAAUAACAAAAGAUUGAAUUCUAAUAAUUUGGAAAGACAUUUAGUAUUUAUGGAUGGGUAAAAUAUUUUACUUAAGAUGUUUUCUAAUUGAAGAAGUAUUUAUUAGUUAGACUAACAAUCUUUAACAAUUACAAAGAUGAGAUAGAUGUAGGGGAUGAAAUACUGAAAAUUACAGUAGAUUUGGAUCCAUCAGAUUAAGCAAGAUGUGGAUAUGAUUUAAUAUCUCAUCAUUAUUGGAUGCCAUAUCCUUAAUUAAUAAAUGAAAAUGCUUAGAAUGAUCGUAUUAGCUUAAGAGGCAACUUAGAAUAUUUUCAAAUUUUAUCAAAUUGGCAUUUCAUAUCAUUUCAGCAUGGAAUAGAAGAAAAUGGUUCAAAAUCUAAAUUUAAGUUAACUCAUAUUGACAAUAAUAAUUUGAUAACUAAUACUUAUUAUCUUGGGAACAACUAAUUUAGCAAUUUAUUUAUAAAUAAAAAAUAUUAUGCUAUUUUUGGAGGGGAUUAUACUGUUGAUGAAAAAAUGAAAGGAUAAAUAGCUAGUUUUUAUUUUAAAUCCAAUUUUAAAGAAGAUUUAAACUUUAAUUAUAGUAUCAUUGUUUUAUAAUCUUAGUUUGCCAUUAUAGUUGCAAAACUUGCUUUGGUCCAUUGUUUUCAAAUUGUUUAACCUGCAAAGAAAAUGAUGAAAGAGUUAUGUUGGAUUUACAUUAAUGUGUAUGCCAAAUAGAUUAUUUUGAAAGAGAUUAAAAGUGUUAAUCUCAAUAAGAAAUAUUUCCGACUUUAAUUUUUAAUGAGGUUUAAAUAUACAAUUAAAACAUAUAAUGUUUAUUUGGAUACUUUUAUCUACCUGUGAAUUAAUAGUGCAUAAGAUGGUAAUAAUUUACAAUUAAAUAGUCCUUAAUGGAAUUCUUAUAAUUUGUUGUGCGCAGAUUGUUUAUUGAAUCCUAAUGCAUGGUAUAUACGACCAAUUUGUACUAUAGACUUUAUCACUUAAUAAUUAAAUAAAGAAGAAGAUGCCUAUUCUAAAUAAAUGAGAUCUCCUCUACAUUAUGAUCUUUAUUACAUUGAUCAAAAUUAUAACUUAAUAUUAUUAGAAGGAGUGUCCGAUUAUUGUGACAUCAAGUAAAUAAAUUCAUAAAUUUGUUACUAAUUAAAUAUUCAACAUUUACAAACUGAUACAUUUGUUAAUUGUAAAGAAAAUCGAUAUUAUGCUAAUCAGAGCUGCAUUUUAUUAGAUAAUGCAUGUGUUAAAUUAAAUUAAAGUGAAAUAAAAUGUAUUUAAUGUUUAACUGGAUAUUAUAUAUCAGAUUAAGGCACAGCUUGUUUAUUGUGUCCAGAAUCCUGUCCAUAUUGUUAAAAUUAGAAUAACUGUAAAUCUUGUUAACCAAAUUAUGGACUUUCUAAUGGAAAAUGUAUACCAUGUGGCGACUUUUGCAAAAUAUGCCAAUAAUCACAAUAAUCAGAAAUUAUGCAGUGUCUAAGUUGUAUUGAUAAUCAAUUAUAUUAUUUAUCAUUAAAUGGAUAGGAUUGUAAGGUAAACCAAAUAGAAAAUUGUGUAUAUGCAUUCGAAAGUUCUUAAUCAGAUUUAACUGUGAAUUCAUUAGAUUAUAGCUUUAUACCUUAUUAUUAAGCAACAAUCACUAAAUGUGCUAAGUGCAAAGAAGGCUAUUAUUUUCAUGAAGUUGAAUUAACCUGCAAGGAAUAUUAUCCAGAUUUAUGCUAAACACCUUUGUUAUAAAUAACAGAAAAUAAUGGCUAAGAAUUUGUUUGCUUAUUUGGUGAUUAUAAUCCAGAUUUUCUAAUUUAUUCAUUUACUAAUGAAUGUCCAAGAAUUAAAUAGCGUUGCAUUUAUUGUGUAAUUGAAUAAUUAACAUUUCAUCUUGAAUAUAAUUAUUAUGUUCCUAAAAAGGUUUAUUAUACAUGUCUUGUAUGUGAAAAUGGUUACUACGCUGAAAAAAAAACUGGUGAUUGCCUAUUAUGUCCUUCUGAUUUACAUUGUAUUGCUUGUUAUUAGGAGAAUAAAUUUACGAAAGACAAUUGGAAAAUAGAGAUUCGUGCCUUCUAUAAGGCUUCCAUAGAUUAAAUUUAUGUCGAUCAUAAAUUUACUGAAUAUGGUUUAAGUUAAAAUGAUUCAGAUUAUGAGAUAAUAUGCACCAAAUGUUAAUAUGGAUAUGAACUUCAUAAAGACAGAUGCAUUAAUAUUUGUCCUGAAUGGUGCUUAGAAUGUGUUAUAGAAAAUUAUACAAAUAUCUGUGUUAAAUGUCCUUUGGGGUUCAAAGGAAGAAAUCGAAGCCUGGUAGAUAACUAAUGUAUUUCUUGUCCAAAAAAUUGUAAAUUGUGUUAAAAAAGAGAUGAUAAAUUAAUACUUUCUAUUAACCCACUAUUUAACAAUUAAGAGUUAUCAUAUUUCUCAUAUUAUUGCAUUGUGGGAUUUGACAACACAAUUUUUGAUGAAGAAUUAGGUUUAUAUGUGGAUUGUGAAGAUGGUUCAUGCUUCAAAUAAAUUAUUAUCAAUCUAAAUUUAUUUUGUAAUAACACAGAAUAUCAACAACAAAUUGGCAAAUUGUAAAAUGAGGAGUAAAUAUAAAAAUUUAAGCUUGAAAAUAUUCUAAGUGAAGAGUUGUUUUCUUCUUAAAGUUUUUCAUAAGUAAUAAUUCUUUUAGCAAUUUUAGUUUGAAACAUAAGAAUUUUAUUAGAUGGCUAAUGAAAAAUAAAUUAAACAAAUUUUGAUUAAAAUUGUUAGUUUAUAACAAUAAAGUUGUAAUGUAAUAAAUAAAUUGCAAAUCUCUUAGUAGUUUAGCUCUAAUAUUUUUUCAGCGAUGUAUUUAUAAUUAUAAAGUUUAGAGAUGUAGAACUUGAAAUUUAGGGCAAUGGUAUAACAACUUUUCAAUUUUAAUAUUUAUUUUCUUUUGUUAAUUUUAAGAAAGUACGAAUUGAAGGUAUAUCUAUUGAGAUAGAGAAGCUUUAGUAUAGUAGCUCAAAUUUACUUAAAUUUACAAGUAUCUUUGAGUAAACAGUUGAAUUAAUUAAUAUAAAUUACGAUCAGGACUAAGACUAUGAUUAAGCAACUUUUUAUACAAUAAUAGAAAAUGCUAAAAAUGUCUUAAUAUAAAACUUUUUUGUAAAAAAUUAUAAAAAACAAUUUCAUAUCGAAGCUUUGUUGAAGAUUGAAUAAACAUAAUCAGAGUAGACAAUCAAAAUAUCGAACUGCAUUAUUACGAGCAGUUCAUUUUUGGAUUUACAUUUAUUAUGGUUUAAUAUUAAAGAAAAUGAUUAAGUAGAAAUAGAAGAUUUAAAUAUUGAAACCACAAUUUUUAAUUAGUCAUUAAUAUAUUAAUUAAAUGGUAAAUUAUUAAUGAAUAAAAUAAGCAUCUAAGAAUGUCAGAUAUAUUCUUAAAAUGGAUUAUUUUAAAUAGAUUCUUUAAAAUAUUUCGAAUUAAUAUCAUUAGAUUUUAUUUUUAAUUAGAUUUAUUCUGGCAAAUUUUACAUCUUAAUCCAAAUUCUUCGUUGA